AUGCGCGUUCCUCAGAUACUGCUGUCGCGGGUCUUGAGAGGAGUAGCGGUCGCCACAGGGAGUAGGCCAGCCGAGACCGCGCCGGUAGAACGUUGGAUCUCGUCGAUCAGAACCGUCGAGGGUUCUUUGCUGGACUGGAAGGCCGCGACUUCCGGAAGCCUAUCAGAAACCGAUGGCGAGAAGACAGUCCAUCUCGCGAACAUGGUUCUUGCCAUAUGUUACAUCCGCGAAGCAACUCGUAAAAGCCAUGAAAUCUCUCCUGCCGAGCUUAGCCAGUGUUGGGAGGUCGUGAGGGCUGCCAUCGAUGUGCUUGGCAAGGAUAAAUCCCUCGGCGGGUUUCCCGUGUCCAGCAGCCUCCAAGGCCUCUCGACUGUCUCGUUGUGCGAUCUGUCUGAAAACGGCAGUCCAGGCGAGCAGUUCCACCUCCACAUCGAAACCCCUCGCGGUAGUCGGUUAAACAGAGGCUUUGAUUUGCAUUCGACCUUGUCGCCCGUUCAUACCUGGAUUCUUGCAGGAGAAGUUCGGAACGACUCGUAUCAGGUCGACUCAGUAUCGGAUCCAGCAGAGGCUACUCAUAUCACGUACACGCUCUCUAGGAGUUGUGCAGAGUCGAAAGGCGACACUGGGACCUCUGCGCCGUCUGAGAAACACCUCGUGGUCGAGAAAGCCGGCAAGUUUGUCCGAGCACGAGAAGUCGGUUCCAAAACACACACCAGGAAUGCAAGCUACUCCUUGCCAGCGGACGCCUUCCAAGCGUUUGAAGCAGACCCAGACACUCUCUUCGCAGCUCUCACCUUCUCCGAAGCUUCAUGCGGCUCUGCCACGGACACCGUUGUACUAGGCCCCGUCGAGGGGCAUUUGUCUAUCGAACUACCCGUUACGACAACCCUUGCGCCUCGGGAGCUGGCAGACCUCGUAGAAGCCGCUCGCUCCUGGGAGGGGCUGAUCGAAGAAGGACGGGAGCACGCGCGGAAAGCGGAAUGGGAAUAUGCGCUGCAAGCCUUCAACAGCGCCCUCAGCCUCUGCGGCCCCGAAAAGUCAUUCCCCAACGCAGGCUUCUACAGACACCUUGUCCUUGGCGAGAUAGGCAGCGUCAACAGGAGGUUUGGACGCUACGAAUCCGCGAGGAGCUUCUUGGAGGAGGCCAUUAACGGACUGAAGCCCUGCAUCCAGCGGAUCGAGUUCAGCGGCGAGCUCGGGGUCACGUACCGGCACAUUGGCCAGCUCGAGAACGCCAGCGACGCCUUCGCCAAGCAGUACGAGGUCGCCAGAGAGCUGGGGUCGGCUCGCGAGAUGUGUCGCGCCGUCGGCAACAUGGGCAUGAUAAACUACCAGCUGUCCCAAAGAGACGGCAGCGAGCACUUGCUUGACCAGGCGAUAGUGCAACUCCAAGAGCGAGUGAGCCUCGCCGAGGAUCUGAAAAGGACCGCGUCGUUACAAGCAGGGAACUCGAGCUCGAAACACUGGUUGCACAUCUUUGAGACCUGGAAGACGAUCGGGCUCUGCAGACUCUCGAUAUGUCACUAUACCAGAGGAAACGUUGAAAAGGCCAUCGUAACCUCGGCAGAGGCCCUCGAGAUGACAGCCGGAUCGAAAGACGUUACAGUCAAAGCCAUGACGAGGUUUUUCCAUGGACGAGCGCUCAUGAAGGGGGGUAGACAGGAAGAGGCCCUCUCUCUGUUCAACAUGCCCGGAACGUGCUCCCCUGCUAUCGCGUUUGCCAAGGAGCCGUCGGAGGAGCACCGCGGUUACCUGCAAGAGCUGGUGGAUAUUGGGGCCGACCUUGACAUCGUCGACGAGCAGGGGUACACGGCUCUCGAUCACGCUGUGUUCAGCGGCGACGCGAUAACGGAGGCGGUCAUUCUGGAAGGCCUUCGGAAGACAUCGGAAGAGAACGUCGCUGAGCGGCAAACGGAAGCCAGGCUGCGAAAAGGGUACCGAGAGCUAUUCCAGGAGAGGCUUCGUCCCGUCCUCCUGGGGGGCGGCCGGCACGUCCUGUCGAAGCUGAGGAAGGCCUACGCCGAGUCGCUCGAGACGGACGAGACCAAGAAGAGGGCCUUUGACGGGCUGAAGUUCAUGUGGUACUCCGACUUCCUCGACUUCAAGAGGCUUCCGCGUUCGGACGACGGGUUGGUUCGCGAGUUCGAUUCCAGUUGGACUGUCGAGAGCUCUGCUCGCGCUGCCGAGAAGGUUGUCUUCAUCUCGUAUCGGUGGAUCAACAAGACGCCAGGGGCCAAGUCCCCCGAUGACGACCAUCACACACAGUACCACCGCAUGAUCAACGCGAUUGACGAGUACCUCCGACUCACUCCUUCAGUGCACAAGGACAAGCUCGGGAUUUGGAUGGACCACGCUUGCGUCAACCAGGACGACCCCAACGCGGGCGUGUCGGCGCUGCCCAUGAUCAUCGCGCAGUGCGACGCCAUGAUCAGCCUCGUCGACGAGGACUACUACGAUCGCGGGUGGUGCGCGGUCGAGGUCAUGAUGGCCGAAACGCUGCGGUCUUCGUACAGCAUCCACCAGUGGUACGAGCACGUCUUGCAGCCCGGAGGCUCCAGGGUUCAAGGUGUCCUGAGAGAGGCGCCGGAUCGUCCGAUUGGGAUGAUGAAGGACAAGCGCCUCACGUUCGAGACGGACCGGCCCAAGGUUCUUUUCCUCGAGAGGCAGAGCAAGCUCCUGAGAUGA